AUGACUGCUCGCGAUCAAAUUCGAGCUAUGUUGGAUCAAUUGAUGGGAUCCGAUAAUGGCGCAGAGAGUCCAUUUUUCAUUGAUUGUGACUAUCUACUAUGUCUUACAUUGGACGAUCUCGUGAGUGUCACAAAAUCAAGUAUGUCAUUUGAAGAUCCACGUGUAUGUCGACCAUUUUUAUUAAAUUGUUGUCCACAUGAAAUUCUUACUGGAACCAGAGUUGAUUUAGGUGAAUGUCGAAAAGUACAUGAAUAUGCUUUGCGAGCUGAUUAUGAACGAGCAGCACCAACACGUAAUUUACAUUAUGAACGUGAUGCCUUAGAAGUCUUAAAACAAUUUGUUGCUGAUGCUGAUCGAAAAACUGAACAUGCUAAACGAAAACUUCGUGAAACACAAGAAGAAUUAGGUGAAGAAGCUGCACGAAAAAUGAAUUCAAUUCAUGAAUUAGGCGAACAGAUUGGUACAAAAUUAGCUAGAGCUGAAGAAUUAGGUGCACAAGGUUUAGUUGAUGAAUCAAUGAAAUUAUUAGAAGAAGUUGAAGAAUUACGAAAAUCAAAAACUGAUUCUGAACAAGAAUUUCGUGCAACAAUGCCAGCAUCGACAUAUCAACAACAAAAAUUACGUGUUUGUGAAGUAUGCUCAGCUUAUUUAGGUAUACAUGAUAAUGAUCGUCGUUUGGCAGAUCAUUUUGGUGGAAAAUUACAUUUGGGUUUUAUACAAAUACGUGAAAAAUUAGCUGAUUUACAAAAACGUGUUAGUGAUUAUAAUGAAAAACAAGAAUUAGAAAGAAAGACACGUCGAAGUUCACCUUCAGCAUCAUCAUCAUCUAGGAACGAUCGUGGUGAUAGAAAUGGAAAUGAUUAUCAUAGUAGAGAUCAUCGUACAUCACAACGUAGUCGAAGUCGUAGUCGAUCAAAAAAAGUUUCUAGUCGAGACAAGGAUCGAAGACGAUCACGAUCGAGAUCUACACAUCGUUCAUCAAAACAUACACGAAAUUAUCGAUCAUCACGUUCACGUUCACGAGAUCGACGACGUCAUAAACGUUCUCGUUCACGUUCUGGUUCAUCACGUCGUCAUCGUCGUUCUCGAACACCAACUUCUUCGUCUCGUCGACAUCAUCGUCAUCGACAUGAUUCACGAUCACCUGUAUCAAAUUCUAAAUCAAAUGGUAAUAAUGAUAAUACUCGACCAGCAGAUUCCACAACUACACAUGUUGAUGAUGAUGAAGAAACCACACGUAUUCUAGAAGAUAUUCAACGAAGUAUGAAAGAAGAUAAUACGAAAGAACCAACAAAUAUACCGAUGGAAUAA